AUGGACGUUGCAGCCACCGGCGUCUCAAUCUUCGUUCCAAGAUCUCGCCUUCUUCCAUUUCCUUCUUCUAAGCAGCUAUGCACUUCCAGACAAGUUCAUACCCAUCGGAGUCUCUCCCUUGGAAUUUCAACCACAAGAACAGCAAGAGGAGGAUUCGCAGUUAGAGCAGCAACAUCCUCCUCCUCCUCCUCUCCAGACUCUUCUAACAACAACAAAAUUGCACCUCUUCACUUUCAGUCCCCAAUCGGACAGUUUCUUUCUCAGAUUUUGAUCAAUCACCCUCAUCUUGUGCCUGCUGCCGUCGAUCAGCAGCUCAACCAACUCCAAUCUGAUCGCCAGGCCGAUCAACAAAACUCAGAUCCUCCUUCUACAACCUCCACCGAUCUUGUUUUGUACAGGAGAAUUGCUGAGGUCAAGGCGAAUGAAAGGAGGACGGCCUUGGAAGAGAUCUUGUACACAUUGGUUGUGCAAAAGUUUAUGGAUGCUAAUAUUUCUUUGAUACCCUCUCUAACUGCAGAUCCAUCUGCUACACUAGAUUCAUGGUCCAAUGAAGUUGCCAAACUUGAGAAGCUUCACUCUCAAGAAGCAUAUGAGAUGAUCCAAAACCACUUGGCUCUCAUUUUGGGCAACAGAGCAGGAAAUUUAUCAUCUGUUGCUCAAAUCAGUAAACUCAGGGUAGGCCAGGUCUAUGCAGCGUCAGUCAUGUAUGGUUACUUUCUUAAACGAGUUGAUGAAAGGUUCCAGCUGGAGAAGUCUGUCAAAGUUCUUUCAAAUGCAACACAAGAUACUAGUGAUCAUCAGACUAUUAUGGAGGAUGUAAGACCUGGUAGUCAAGUCGGCACUUCUCAUCCUGAAGUAUCUACCUGGCCUGGAGGCGAUGUCAGUCCUGGUGGAUUUGGGUAUGGUAUAAAGCCCACCAGGUUGCGUAAUUAUGUCAUGUCCUUUGAUGGAGAUACCCUUCAGAGAUAUGCAACAAUAAGGUCUAAAGAGGCUGUGAGCAUCAUUGAGAAGCACACAGAGGCAUUGUUUGGAAGACCUGAAAUGGUUAUAACACGGGAGGGGGCAGUUGAUCAUUCCAAUGAUGAAAACAUCAAAAUUAGCUUUGGUGGUUUAAGGAGACUCGUUUUAGAAGCUGUCACUUUUGGUUGUUUUCUAUGGGAUGUUGAGGGCUACGUGGAUUCUAGGUACCAUUUUGUCUUAAAUUGA